AAAAUAAUCAUACGAUCAAUCCCCAUCAUGAAGAUCCAAAAUCGCACAUUUAUCAUCUCGGGCGGCGCGUCCGGCCUAGGCAAAAGCACCGCCCUUGAAAUCAUCAAAGCCGGCGGCUACGUCGCGAUCCUCGACUUAUCCGAUGAAGAAACCGGGCGAGCUCUGGAAAAGGAGCUUGGGCCCUUGGCCAAGUUCUUCCAUUGCAAUGUGCUAAAGACUGAGAGCAUCGCAAAGGCUGUUCAGGGCACGGUUGAUUGGAUCAAGGAGACUGGAAAACCGCUCGGCGGUGUGGUUCCAGCGGCAGGCAUUGGCCUCCCAGCAGCCACCCUUGACCGAAACGGCAAUGCCUUCGACAUGGAUCAAGUUGACCUCGUUCUGGGCGUCAAUCUCAGAGGCACCAUCGACCUCAUCCGCCAAUCCGUGGAGCAUCUCGCCAAGGUCGAUCCCGAAGGCCCAGACGGUGAGCGCGGCGUCGUCAUCAUGGUCAGCAGCUCAAGCGCCUUUGAUGGCCAGUACGGCCAAGUCAGCUACGCGGCCAGCAAGGGCGCCGUCGCGUCAAUGGCUUUGCCCAUGUCUCGAGACUUGGCUAAAUACGGCAUCCGCGUCGUCGCCAUUGCUCCCAGCUUGUUUACGACUGCCUUGACGGCCAUGAUGAGUGAUAGAGUGCGAAAAAGUCUCGAGGCUUCGUUCAUCUUUCCCAACAGAGCGGGCAAUCCGCCUGAAUUCUCCUUUUUGGUCAAGCACAUUAUCGAGAAUCCCAUGUUCAACGGGGCCGUUAUCCGAAUAGAUGGAGCGUCAAGAUUGAGCAAACUAUAAUUGGUGGCACUGUUGUCCUGUUUUACGCCUUUGCCUACACGGAAUACCACACCUCACGACUUCAUUUCAUCACUCUUUAGUUCUGCGGUCAUCGGUUAUAUAUAGUCAUCUAUCAUCAUAUAACAUUUAUCUAAAGAACGGCCCUAGACGCUAAUAUCGCAACAAAUGGAAUGAAAAAUGGAAAAGAAAACCCAAAAAAUAACCUCCACGCUCACAUUCGUCCAAGGAAAAAAGCACAGUAUGCAAAAGAGGUAAAGAACGCAAAGCCGCAAUAAAAGCGAACGAGAGAAGGUGACAAUAAAAUUCGUGAAGAAUU